GAUCAAACGUGUUAUGAAGUAUCUACGCUCUCCUGCUUGUGUGAUUUUGCAUGCAAAUUCUUUAAGAAUUCAGACGAACUGUGAAAGCUUCCUUUUUUUAAGAACGUUUUUAUUUCACGAAGAAGAGUGUUCUGCAUGCUGAUAAAGUAGCCCAUCUGAGAAUGUCUCUAACAUCAAGAUCACAAGCCCCUUGGACCUAGGAAGUAACCUAAUACGGAAGAAAGAAAGACACUCGGUGAAGCACGACAAUGAACACUUUUUUUGUAAAGUGGGUGAUAUUUGUGACCCUGAUAAAUUCAGAUUUUCAUUAUUGCCAAGAAAUUAAAUUCCAUUUGAUGAGCGAUGCUCAAAAUGCUACAGAGGGGUCCUGCAUUGAAAUUAAAUGUACGCCAGAGACAGUUGCUCCCAUAAGUACAGAUGCUUUCUGGUUCUGGAUGAAGGAUGCAAUUUGGAUAGAGAAGGAUUUUGUUGGGACCAACAUUUUCAGCUCGAAUGAAACAGAAUAUCCCGUCAGCCCAGAGUUUAAAAACAGAGUCAAGUAUCUCAGCUCACCGACAAGUGGAAAGAGAGAUUCAUCACAAGUGUGCAACAUAUUGAUCUGCGAUCUGAAGAAAACAGACAGCGGACAAUAUAAGUUCAGAUAUAUUUGGACAGACAGCGGACAAUAUACUGGGUGGGCCUUCAAAUGGAGUACAGAGAAUUUUAAUCUAACUGUCGAGGAAAACCCAUGCCUUAUCACUUUUAGCCAACCACCAGCUGUGAUGACAAAUAAUACAGUGACACUCACAUGCUCUACAUCCAUUUCAUGUAAUUCUGACCCUCAAAUUAACACUCUGGAGCAGGGGCCUUCACCAAAAUGGUUACGUUUUCACAGCAUUGCGAAUGAAAGUGAAACAACCAAAAGCACCAACCUUAGCUUUACUGCCAGCUGGGAGGAUGAUGGGAGAGUGUUUUCAUGCCAAACGUCAGAAAACAAGGACAAAUAUUUGAACCGGAGUGUGACCCUGACUGUAGAAUAUUCUCCUAACAAUGUACUUGCUAAUAUGAGCAACAAACCCGUAAAGGAAGGAGACAGUGUGACUCUCACGUGCUCUUCUAAUGGAAGACCCAGUGUCACUUUCUCUUGGUUUAAAACUGACAAUCAUUUUGAAUCAGCUAAUCUCAUUAAAAAAGGCAAACAGAUUCAAGAAGAUCAACUUCAUUUUACAUCAAUUAAUGAAUCAGAUAGUGGAUCUUACUUCUGCCAAGCUCAGAACAACCAUGGGACUAAACAGUCUAACAAAUUACAAAUUGAAGUGCUCUAUCCACCUUCAGUUCAUAUCCAAGUAAAAUAUCUGAAAACAAGAUACUACGCCGACAUAACAGAAGGGGACAAGAUUAAACUUGUUUGUUAUGUGAAAAGAAGCAAUCCACAACCAACUGAAUUUACUUGGUAUAAAGAUAAUUAUGUUUGGAGUGGGAAAGAAUAUGUUUUCUCCAGUAUCAAACCAGAAGACAGCGGCACUUACGAAUGUAUAGCCCAAAACAGUGUUGGUUCAGGAAGAUCAAACCCUUUUCAUCUUAACGUUCAAUACAAGCCACAAAGCAAGGUUUUUACCAGAGCCACAGAUAAAGUGAAAGUGAACAGCUUACUUAAAUUUACCUGUGACACCAAGGCAAACCCAGAGCCCUGGUUCUCCUGGUACCGUUAUAAACAGUCCGACCCCACCAACUGGACACCACUGAAUAUUAAAAAGGAUCUAACUUUAGAGAGAGUUCAAAGAACAGACGAAGGCUGUUACAUAUGCAAUGCAAGCAACAGAGUUGGUAGAGGGGAAUCCAGUCAACCCAAGUGCAUUCAAGUACUUUUUCCUCCCACCAACAUGUAUCUGUCUAUGGUUUCUAAAGUUAAAGAAGGCCAGUCUGUAACAAUCACCUGUAAUGCUGAAAGCUUCCCUUUGUCAACAUUUGAGUUGAAAAAAUCUUUACCUGACCUUUCAUCCUCAGAGUGUUUUUUUUCUCAGCCUGCUAAUGAUCAAAACUCUUUCACCCACACAUUUAAUGUAACUUCAACCCACGCAGGGUUGUACACCUGCAUUGCAUCAAACAGCGAAGGAAGCAACAGCAGCAACCAGAGGAAACUGGAGGUUGAAUAUGCUCCCAAAGAUGUGAGAGUAGAACCUAAACCUGGAGAAAAUGUGAAAGAAAAUGAGUCAUUCUCAUUAACCUGCACUGCCCAUUCCAAUCCACUGAUAACUCAGUUCAAGUGGAUAAGAAGGAAUAAUAGUAAAAAGGACAUUACUGUAAGCACAGAGAAGACCUUCACUGUACUUUCUUCUAAGCCCUCUGACAGUGGGCUUUACAUCUGUGAAGUCCAAAAUGUCAUUGGAAGUGGGAAAUCACAAGUGAAGAUUAAUAUAAAGUAUGCACCAAAAUGGACGACAAUCAUUAAAGGAGAAGAGCAACAGCACCUAGGGGGACGACGUUCUGUGACACUUAGCUGCAGCAGUUACUCCUAUCCUCCUGCUACUUAUAUCUGGUACAAUAAGACAGAUAAUACACAGAUUUCUCGCAAGCAGAACUUAACGGUGUACUCCCAUCAAGCAGGGGAGUACUACUGCACUGCCAAAAAUGAGAUCGGUCAGAUCAAGUCGGAUUCAGUCAGCCUGUUUGAUGACACAUUUAUGAAGAUUAUGAAGGUUGUUGGCUGGCUUUGCUUGAUCUUGCUCAUCAUAGGCCUAAUUUUGUUGUACAGGCACAGGAUGAAUAAAGCAAAUCGACAAAGGACAACAAAUAGAUGGUCCUGCUGUCAUUUUUUGCUGAUAAUUCAGGGUUUCUGUAGCUUGUGCAAAAGGCCUGGAAGGAGAAAUGCAAGAAAUGAGAAUAUCUUAACCAAUACCUCUAGAAGCAGAGAUGACUUAUUGCCACAGCAAAACUGCCGUCCAAAGGCUCAGCAUCAGCAGCCUCGUCCAGACGUCACGUCUACUUCACAUCAUGUUAACGUUGUUUAUUCUACAGUCAAUGUGCCAUAUGGAAAACAAGCUCCAUCUGCACAAAGGCCUGGAGGAAGCCAGAAAAAAUGUACAGAGGAUGACUCUCUCAAUUACGCUUCUCUACACUUUCAGAAAAAGAAGAAAGAAGAAGUAGAGUCUGUCUAUUCACAAGUGUCAAACCCAUGCAAACAGCAAGCACAGGAAAAACUGGAAGACUAUGAGAACAUCAACAUGGUAUCACCAAUCAAAGUUCCAUAUAAUUUUGACGAUGACUCAGAGACCAGUGAUGAAGAGGAGGUCAACUAUACUCAGGUGGACAUUAUUCCAAAACCUCCCGGCCAGACAGACUCAACAGACUCCAGCACCUCUGAGGAUGAGACUCAGUACUCUGACGUCAAACUGUGAUUCAAUACACUCUUUAAGAUCCCACUGGGAGCUGUAAACCAUCAUAUUUUUUAAAAGAUAUGCAAAUAUUCAGUUCACAGAUUCAAUUUGUGUGCAAUAACAAAGUAUUAGAAGAGAUAAGGAAGUGAAUAGCAUUCCAUUUGUAAUAAACAUGUAUAGUGUCAGAAAAUAAACCCUUUACUUAUU